GACGGGAACGCACUACAAAUCCCAGAUUCUACAGCUCUUGCUCGCCCUCUAGUGGGCGCUUUAUACACCGACAGCUGAAUACAAGAAGGUUUGUGCUGCUGGAAGGAUGCCCAGGCUGAAACUGGUCCUUAAGAAGACAUCAAAAAGCAAAGCCUUUGGCAAAUGGGUUAUCAGGGAUGUGCAGCCGGCUCUACAGGCUCCUGCUCACUUCAAAGAAGUUGCUGUCUAUUUCACGGAAUCGGAAUGGAUAUGUUUAGAAGAAGGACAGAAGGAGCUUUACAAAGAAGUGAUGCUGGAGAACUACCUGACAUUCAAUUCACUGGGUUAUCUGCACAAGAAACCAGACAUAAUAUCUAGAAUCGAGAGGGAUGAAGAUCCAUGUUUAUCAUAUAACAAGGAUAAGAGGAAAUCUUUCCACUUUGAUGGUGCCAGGUAUGGAACAGAUGAAUUGUGCACAUCCCUGUUUACACAAGAUGGUUUAGCUGUGGAAGGUCUAAGGCUUGAAGAAGACAAACAGGUGGAACAGAGAGACCCAUCUAAUGAGAGUGACCGAGUAAGUGUGACACGUCGAUAUAACCUCAGAGGCAAUGCAUCCAUGAAUUACUCUAGUUUCUAUGAUGAUGAGCCGCCGGAAACAAGAGCUCUUAAACCGCACAAGAAGCUACAAAUGAAAAGGAUAAGCAGCAUGACAAAUGAACAACUACAAAAGAAGGGCCGUAGGCUUUAUGGCUGUUCAGAAUGUGGGAAAACAUACACUCAGAAGUCCAACCUUGCUAAACACCAGAGAUUUCACACUGGUAUUGCCCUCUAUGUGUGUGCGCAGUGUGAAAAAUGCUUUACCCUCCGUUCCAGUCUAAUAAGGCACAAAAAAAUCCAUGUAGUGCACAAACCGUUUCACUGCUCCGACUGUGGGAAAAGGUUUACUGACAACUCGACAUUACUUAAACACCAGAGAAUCCACACCGGGGAGAAGCCUUUCAAAUGUUCUGAAUGCGGGAAAAGGUUUAGCAUCAGCACGUACCUUAUUGUGCACCAGAGAAUUCACACUGGGGAAAAGCCUUACGAGUGCAGCGACUGUGGCAAAAGCUUCACUCAGAGCGCACACCUUAUAACACAUCAGAGGACACACACGGGUGAGAAACCCUACGCUUGCAUCGAAUGUACGAAAUGCUUUACUUCCAGUUCCCAUCUUGUUACUCACCAAAGAAUACACACAGGAGAGAGGCCUUACUCGUGCUUGGAGUGUGGGAAGAACUUUAAGCACAGCACCCAUCUUGUACUGCACAGGAGAACACACACAGGAGAGAAGCCAUUUGCCUGUACUGAAUGCCAGCGGAGGUUUGCACAGAGGCCCCAGCUUUUGAAACACUUGCAGAAAGCUCAUUCGGAUGACUGGGACAUGUAAAUCACAGGGCAUUUCAUUGCUUCAGAUCAGAGGGGACAUGAUUUACUUUGAAUUGGGCCUUGAUAUAAGUCAAGCUUUUUUUGUGUUACCUUAGGGAGUAUAACUGGUCUCUAUUUUUGUCAGUCCUUUAAAAGUCAGUUGUUUUGGGUUUUUUUUUUUUUUGUAUAACAACAGUAUAUACCUGAGUCAGGUUAGUCUGAAACACUACUAAGGCAAGGCAGUAUGGUGUCCAUUUUAGGAAAUCUAUUUGCCAAAUUUAAGUGCAUCCUGCUCCCCUUUAAAGUCUCUGUGUUUUCUAAUUCAUGUGACAGUAUUCCGACUGAAAGAAAAAGAUCUCUACGCUAGCAGCAUUGCAU